AUGCCUUGGCCUCAAAAGUCUCAAUUGUCGGUCGAGCGCAAGUCCCCCAUUCCUUGUCCUCGACCUCAAACAAAUCCCCCGGAUGAUGCAUAUUGCACUGCCAUGCCUGGCUUCGGGAUCGAAUUUGAGUUUCGUCUGAGGGAGGCCUGGGAAGGUCAUGAGGAUAAGGAGAGAGGCCGCCUUGCGAAAUACGCCAGAUUUGGAAUGACUAAGGAGGACGCAAGACGAGCGACGCCGGAACAUAUGCGCGAGGCCUACCAAACGUUAGUCCAACACCAGUUGGCAGAAGUUUAUACCCCGUCGCCAUCGCCAUCGCCGUCGGCUCUACCGACACCUACAUCAUCGAAUCAAGACCCGGAAGAGAUAAACCCACCUCCUGCAAACGAGCGCAAUGGACUAUUACGCAUGCACAUAAAGCAACAGUCUACGCCCGACACUGCAGCAUCGCAGCCUGUAAAACCCGUUAUCAGAAUCGCCAGAACGCGCGGUGCAGCUGUCAUUGAGUCAAGGAUAACAAAGAGGUCCAAGACACCUAGGCGGACUCAAGAUCGCAAUACACCUCAACCGAGACACGAUAUGGAGACAAGGUCUAUGAAGUUGGCUAGAGAGCGGUUUGGUUGA